UUGACGAGCCCAACGAAGUGUAAAAGAUUGCUCAAACAAUUUUAAUUUAGAUAAUAAAAACGCUGUCGAUGACAAGGAAGCAGACAUGGAUACGGAUGACAGUAGCAUUACUAAUAUAAGUGCUGCGAGCAGUGAAUCCCUCUCUACAGAAAAAGACAUACUAAAAGAAUUUCAAAGAAUAUUUGCUCCGAAUAUUGAUCUCAAUAUCUAUUAUAAUUUAAACGCGGAUAGUGAUCAAGAUGGUAGCGAUUCUGUAGCACACAUACGCAUCGAACAAAUUGUUGCCGAGAUCAAUGAUAUGUCAACAUCUUCAGAAGCACUAUCAACAAAUAGUACAGUUUUAACAAUGAUGCCACCAGACACGCAGCAUGACGACGAAUCAACUAUAACACCAACAAGUUUGAAUACAACCGAUGAACCAUCCCUAUAUAGUGCGGGUAAUACAUCACCAACAUCCACAUCAUCUAUGUUUGCAAUACGUACACCAUCGCCAUAUUUUCUAAGACCACCAUUACCGAUUACAAGUUCUGCUGAUGAACGUGUGACCGUAACAGAAUUCAUAGAAGUGCGUAGGGCGCCAACAACACCAAAUAAUAACAAUGCAACUACGGCUGGAUUCGAAAAUGGUCCCAUUGGUACUGCAACCACUGAGGAUGAGGAUGAACUCAGCAGUCAAAAUAAUAAUAAUAAUACUUCAUGCUCUUUGUCAUCUACGUUAACCGAUAGUCGAACUCUCGAUGUUAGAACGCCGAUUGUUGUUUAAUAUUAAGGGUUUUGAGAAAAGAAAAAAGGUAUUUAAGGUAUUUAUAAUUUAUCAAUGGAAGGACAAAGAAUAAACAUAAUGGGUGUACUAUUUUUAAAAGUUUUGAACAAAACCACGUGUAUGAAAAUAAUAGGGAAACAUUAAGUUAUGAACUGGAUUAUGAUGAAAAUAAUUCUUAGCAUAAGACCUCUUCAUGAGUAUGAAAUAUGAAAAGUAAGCGAAGAUCAAUUCAUUAAAUCAGAUCAGGCAAUUUACCAGUUCUUAGGUAAGAACUAUUAUGUGUUUUCCUAAUAUAUUGAAUCGUAAUUUUUUUUUAAGUACUAAUACUGUUCAUCAAUAGAAAUCAA